AUGGCGAUAGGUAUUUUCGGCAACAAGGGCGCUGAUGCUCGUAGCGACAGCAACAGCAGCAACAAUGAGAAAAAAGAUCCGGAACUCGGCAGGAUCGAGUCUCCUAGCCGUCGCGACAUAGACGACUCAAGCGAUGCGAGCAUCACCGUCGGCAAGCAGAUGGAACUCGAGGCUGGAAAUGCCAUCAAGUAUCGUACUUGCUCGUGGCAGAAAACGGCCGCUCUGCUGUUCUCCGAGUACAUCUGCUUGGCCAUCAUGUCCUUCCCAUGGUCGUACUCCAUUCUCGGCCUGGUGCCAGGUCUGAUCCUCACCGUCGUCAUUGCCUCCCUGGUGCUCUACACUUCUCUCAUCACUUGGGAAUUCUGUAUGCGCCAUCCCGAGGUUCGCGAUGUCUGCGAUCUUGGUCAAAUGAUCUUUUGGAACAAGAAGUGGGCCUUUUACGCGACCGCAGUCAUGUUCAUCCUGAACAACACCUUUAUCAUGGGUCUGCACUGCCUCGUCGGCGCCAAGUGGUGGAACACUAUCACUGGCCACGGCGUCUGCACCAUUGGAUUCGCGGCCAUCACUGCCGUCAUCUCCUUUGCUUGUUCAAUCCCGCGUACGUUUGGAGGACUCGCUAAGAUUGCCACAUUCUCCGCCCUGUUCACUUUCAUUUCCGUCAUCCUGGCAGCCGCAUUUUCUGGUGUCGAAGGAAAGCCUGCGGGAUACCCAUCAUUGGGCGAGCCCAAAGUCCUCCUCAUCCCCGCCGCAGGAACCACCUUCGUCGCUGGCAUGAACGCCUUCAUGAACAUCAGCUACACCUUCAUUGGACAGAUUACCUUGCCUAGUUUCAUUGCAGAGAUGAAGAAUCCCAAGGACUUCCCGAAGGCGCUCUGGGCCGUUACCAUCUCCGAGAUCAUUAUAUUCAGCCUGGUCGGUGGUGUUGUGUAUGGUUACACAGGUAACCAGUAUAUGACUGCGCCUGCCUUUGGUUCCCUGUCGAACGAGGUGUACAAGAAGGUCGCAUUCACUUUCAUGGUUCCUACGAUCAUCUUCCUCGGAGUCCUGUACGCUUCCGUUUCGGCACGCUUCGUCUUCUUCCGCAUCUUCGCUGGCACCGAGCACCUCGGUAGCCACACAUGGCUUGGCUGGAUCAGCUGGAUUUCAAUUCUCGCUGUUCUCUGGGUUUUCGCCUUCAUUAUCGCCGAAGUCAUCCCCUUCUUCUCCGACCUGUUGUCGCUCAUGAGCUCGCUCUUCGACUCGUUCUUCGGAUUCAUCUUCUGGGGUGUUGCGUACAUGCGUCUGAGGAGGGCUCAAUAUGGCGAGGGAUUCUGGAAGACCCGCGGCAUUCGUGGUUAUGCCGGGUUCUUCUUCAACAUUGUUCUUUGCCUCAUUGGCUUGUUGUUCUUGACUGCAGGAACAUACGCCACUGUACAGUCCAUCAUUGAUGGCUACAAACAGGCUUCAUUUGGCGGACCCUUCACUUGUCGGAGUAACGCAUUGUAG